GAAAUCUCACACCGUCUGUAACCCAUCAAUUGUAGUACCCCGAACUCAUUGAUAUAAAAAUCUGUGAUAUCAAGGUUUGUAUGUCGAAAACUCUACCACAUACAUAUCGCUGCAUGUGGUGAUUGCAUACUAGUGACAUCGACUAGAACAACUAACUUGAAUUUACUCAGGGUACCGACAUGUCGUGGAAAACACCAGGUGUGGUAUUGCUUACUCGCUGGUUUUUUUCCUUCGUCAUUCCUGCUGUUGGUAUCUUCAUUGCCGUCUCGCGUAUCUUUUCAUUCUACGACCUCUUUCUGCCGCUAUGGGCGGUUUCUGCUUUCUUGGUUGGUGGUACUCCGAUCGCAUUCGCGGUUAAGCUGGCUUGGGCUCAGCGCUCUCACCGUAGAAGAGCUAUGAAAUUGGGCGCACGAGCAAUUCCGAGUCUCGAAGGGAAAUGGAUUGGGAAUUUAGAUGUGUUGGCAACCCUUAUUAGAAGGAGUGAGCAUGAUUAUAAUGGCCAGGUCAUGUAUGACUAUAUGGUCACAUACGGACCAACCAUCAACAUGAACGUGCUAUGGGAAGAUAUCAUCAUGACAACAGAGCCAAAUCAUAUCAAGACAAUCCUCGCUACUGAUUUCAACAACUACUGGAAAGGGGACAAGUUCCGUGUAACUGCUCAAUCCGUCUUGGGCACUGGCGUAUUCAACUCUGAUGGAGAAACAUGGAAGCUUCACCGUGCCAUGACUCGUCCGUUCUUCAGUCACGAUAGGAUUAGCCAUUUUGAUAUAUUUGAUCGGCAUGCGGAAAAAACAAUUUCCCUGAUGAAAGAGCGAUUUAAUCUCGGCCACGCCAUUGAUUUUCAGGACUUGAUUUCGCGCUUUACUCUGGAUUCGGCAACCGAAUUCUUGUUCGGACACUGCGUUGACACACUUUCCGGUGGACUACCGUUUCCUUAUAAUGUUGACAAAACAGAACUUCCCGACAACAGCCACUCGGAGCGGUUCGCGCGCGCAUUUUUAGCCGCUCAACAUGGCAUUAACAAGCGUAAUACGAUCGGCCAGACAUGGCCUCUGCUGGAAUUAUUUGGAGACAGAACGGCGGGGCCUAUGCAGAUCGUCAAUGAAUUUUUGGAACCCAUCUUGAAGGAAGCUAUUCAAAAGCACCAGUCGUCUUUUGAUGCCGACAAAGACGCGUUUCAGGACGAAGAGACGCUCCUGGAACACCUUCUGCGUCACACCACAGACACUGUUUUAUUGAGAGAUGAAGUGCUCAAUAUCCUUCUUGCUGGUCGAGACACGACUGCUUCGACCUUGACUUCUGCCAUUUAUUUGCUUGCCUUGCACCCGCAUGCCCUUGCCCGUCUUCGGGAGGAGAUAUUAGCGAAAAUUGGACCCAGCCGAAGGCCCACCUAUGAUGAUAUCAGAGAUAUGAAGUAUCUUCGUGCAGUCCUGAAUGAAACAUUGAGGCUUUUUCCUGCAGUUGAAAGUAUCAAUGACACUACAUGGUCUUCACCGAACCCUGAGGAAAAGCCAUUAUUCAUUCCCGCCAAGACUACCGUUGCUUAUUCUAUCCUGCUCAUGCAUCGCAGGCCUGAUUUGUGGGGCCCAGACGCCAAUGAAUUUGACCCUGAUCGGUUCCUCGACGACAGGCUGAAGAAGUAUUUGAUACCCAACCCUUUUAUUUUCCUGCCAUUCAACGCAGGACCACGGAUUUGUCUUGGCCAGCAAUUCGCGUACAACGAAAUGUCUUUCAUGCUUAUUCGUUUGCUGCAAAACUUCUCGUCGAUCGCACUUGAUCUUGACGCUCAGUCUCCUGAAUGUCGCCCGCCCGCGGAAUGGGCUACAGCUGGUGGUCGAAAGGGCGUAGAGAAGUUCCGGCCCAAAGCCAAUUUAACUUUAUACUCUGUGGGAGGAAUGUGGGUCAAGAUGGAGGAAGCGGAAAGUGCUAAAAGUUACUAGUGAUCUACUCCACUGGGAACGUUGGAUUGAUUGUUAGAGCUAAGUGUAUCGCGGUAGUGUGUUUGUGUGUAGCAAAUAGAAAUUCAAGUUGUAGUGAGAGGAU